AUUGUUUUACUGAAUAAGAGAGGAUCGCUACAACACUACAUGUAAUAUUUCGUCACGGCAAACUGAUAUCGAAGAGCCCAGACUCUAUUAAAUGUAUUUUGGUUUUGGACGAACCGUUAUAAAGCGAAUAAUGGGGGAAAUGGAGGACAGAUGGUGUAACGUAAAAGUACUAGCAGCCUGCUAGCGUUUCAUGUUAACGUUAUGUGUGUAUGUGUGUGUGUAUGAACAAGCGACACGCAUAGGCUUUUUUUCAAUAUUACUACGAACGAAAAGUGCGAGCAAAUUUGCUAGCUAAACAAACACAAAGGAGUCGCUGGUUUUGAUUUGGCUCGUUUUAUGAGCAGGAAGACAAGAACGGCAGCAAACUUGACUCAGGAAUGACUGACAUCGCUGCAGUGCCACUACAUUCAUAUAUGUCUCAAUGAGCGGAGCAGUGAGCUAGUCAGAGUUCCGACGCUCAUCCAUAAUGAUCCAGCGGGGUGACUAAGUGGAGGAAGAAGGGGGGAGAGGAUGGGUGUGAAUGCCUCCAGCUACCCACACUCGUGUUCACCUCGAUUCGGGGGUAACUCGCAGACCCAGCAGACCUUCAUAGGCUCCUCCUAUGCACCACAGGGUUAUGGCGGUGAGUCUAAGCUCUACAGCCUAGAACAUGGCCCUGAAAAACCUCAGGACAAGAAGAAAAAGAGCUCCGGUUUGGCAACCCUCAAGAGGAGAUUCAUUAAGCGACGCAAGUCCAGUCGGUCGGCUGAUCAUGCUCGGCAGAUGCGUGAGCUCCUCUCAGGGUGGGAUGUCCGUGACGUUAAUGCCCUGGUGGAAGAGUACGAGGGCACAGCAGCACUCAAAGAGCUUAGUCUGCAGGCAGGCCUGGCUAGGCCCGAGGUUCGUACCCUGCAGCGGGAUUUGGCCACCCUUUAUCAGCACAAGUACUGCACUGAUGUGGACCUGAUCUUCCAGGAUUCCUGCUUCCCAGCCCACCGUGCCAUCCUGGCUGCCCGCUGCCCUUUCUUCAAGACUCUACUUUCUUCAUCACCAGGCUACGGGGCUGAGGUGUUGUUGGAUGUUGGCACGGCAGGCAUGGAUGCGCCCAUGUUCUCCUCAUUGCUGCAUUACCUUUAUACAGGCGAGCUGGGCUCAGAAGAUGCGAGGCUGCAGAAUGUGGAUGUGCUGGUAAGGCUGAGCGAGGAGUUUGGUACUCCUAACUCCCUGGAAGCGGACAUGCGAAACCUCUGCGAGCACAUGCCGUAUUUUGACUCUCUGCUUAGUUUUUCCUCCGACUCCGAGCUUGUGGAAGCAUUUGGAGCAGGCGGACCUGCUCCGAGCAUUGGGGGGGUUGGAAGCGCAGGUGUAAGCCAUAGCUCACCUGAUGAGGAGCUGAGGGCCCACAAGGCUGUGCUCUCAGCCCGCUCGCCAUUUUUCCGCAAUCUCUUGCAACGACGCAUCCGGUCGGGGGAGGAGAUCACUGAGCGCACUCUGCAAACCCCCACCCGGAUUAUUCUCGAUGAAUCCAUCAUCCCUAAAAAAUAUGCCCGUGUGGUCCUGCAAUGCAUGUAUACCGAUGUAGUGGACCUUUCGUUGGUUCUGCGUGGGAGCCCCUCCGAAGGCAGUUUGGGUGAAGUUCAGGCUCUGGUGGCUGGGAGAGGAUGCAUGAGCCGUGCAGAAGAGGCCAUGGAGCUCUACCACAUCGCUCUCUUCCUGGAAUUCAGUAUGCUGGCUCAGGGCUGUGAAGACAUUGUGGCAGAGAGCAUCUCGCUGGACACGGUGGUGGCCAUUUUAAAGUGGAGCUCGCAACCCUAUGGCUCCAAAUGGGUUCAUCGGCAGGCCAUGCACUUCCUGUGUGAGGAUUUCAGCCAGGUCAUGACCUCUGACGUCCUGUAUGAGCUCACAAAGGAUCACCUGCUGACAGCCAUUCAGUCCGAUUAUCUACAGGCCAGUGAGCAGGACAUCCUCAAGUAUUUGGUGAAGUGGGGUGAGCACCAGCUCAUCAAGAGGAUGGCUGAUAGAGAGCCUAACCUGCUGUCUGGCACUGCGCAUAGUGUGAAUAAACGUGGUGUGAAAAGAAGGGAUCUGGACCUGGAAGAGCUUAAAGAGAUUCUCUCUCCGCUGCUGCCUUUCGUCCGUACUGAGCACAUAUUACCCACUAACAGCGAGGUCCUCUCUGAUACUAUGAAGAGGGGACUGAUCAGCACUCCUCCAUCUGAUAUGCUGCCCACAGCAGAGGGAGGCAAAGCCAACGCCUGGCUCAGGCAGAAGAGCGCUGGCAUUUAUGUUCGCCCACGCCUUUUUUCUCCUUACGUGGAGGAGGCCAAGGCCGUUCUGGAUGAGAUGAUGGUUGAGCAGACCGAUUUGGUCAGGCUGCGUAUGGUGCGCAUGUCCAACGUACCCGACACGCUCUACAUGGUCAACAAUGCUGUGCCCCAGUGCUGUCACAUGAUCAACCACCAGCAAAUGGCGGGCAGCCAAACAGUUCCACCGUCUGUGGUUGCUAAUGAGAUACCAGUGCCCAGGUUGGCAGUAGUGAAGGAAAUGAUCCGUAGGCUGCAGGAGCUGCGUCACACAGACCAGGUGCAGCGGGCAUAUGCUCUUAACUGCGGUGAAGGCGCCACCGUCAGCUACGAGCUGCAGAUACGUGUGCUCAGAGAGUUCGGACUACCUGACGGGGCCGCAGAACUCCUUCAGAAUCCGCACAAGUUCUUUCCUGAAGAGCGUUUCGGAGAUGAGAGUCCAGUGCUGGCUCUGCGCCAGUCGGGUCGCUGUCGGGUCAACAGUACACCAGCUGUGGAGAGCAUGUUCACCGACCUGGAGUCACUGGUGGGCUUCCAUCCUCCACUGCCCCCACCGCCUCCACCCUACCAUCCUCCUUCCAUCCCGGGCCACAGCCAGCAGCAGUUUAAAGCAGGCUGGAGACCUCGGGUUCCUAGCCAGGCUCCUUCCAGAUCUUUCUCCUACCCCUGUAAUCAUGCACUCCUCCACAGGCAGCCUUCUUCAAAAAUGGCCAGCCCAGUUUACCCACCAGGAACCAAGCCGUUGCCUCCAGACUGCACCAGUGCGCCGGGAGGAAGAAGUCUUCAUCCUGAUAAGCAAAUGCAGAAUAUGGAACCCGUCAUGCCAGACAUCGCCAUGGGAGUAUCUGCAAUGAGCCUGAAGGAGCGUCGCCUUCCAGAAGUCUCCAUGGAGGUGGAAAGUCACGAAUCCCACCCCCACAUGUCUACGGCUCCGCCCGCAUCCCACGGCUACUCCAGCCGGCACCCGCACUCCUCCCGCAAACGUCACGCGGCUGAGCCCAAGCCCGAAGGCCCGCAGCCCGACUUCCCUGAUCUCUACGAGUUCCCCGGUCGCCACGUGCCUCCCUACAGCGGACCGGACCUCUACAUCCACAGUCGUCAGGCAGGCAGCGGGCCGCCGCCUCCGGCUUACUCCGAGGCUUCCGACUCUCUCCGCCUGGAUGUGCUGGAACAACCUCCACAGAGACUAGACUUGGCGAUCGUCUCCCAAGCAGCUGUUGCACAGGGUGCACAGAGGUCACGAGCCAUGAACGAGACGGAUCUCACCUGUGGACUCGGCCCUUCGACAGAACAGUACGAGGAGUGGCCUACGAAUCGCAGGCCGGCUCCCGAAGGGAUAGGGCUGGUGUUAGGAGGAAACGUAGGGACUGGGGAAGAGGGAGGGUUGGGGGCUCGAGACCGUAGGUCACCCAACAAACCCGAAUACCCGUACAGGAAGUCCGCUCUCUGACGCCUGAUCAAAAUGAGGGGUUGUGCUAACAGAGACUAUGGACUGAUAUAUAAAUGCUAAGUGUAAGCUAACAGGUGAGGCACCAGCAGUCCUGCACUUUGUGUUCUUUAAAGUGAUCUCACAGCGAUGAAUGGCCACAAGCUAUGUGGGUGGCUGAAGGAUGUCACAUAAGCUGCUUCAGGUUUUUGAACCGUGCACGAGGAGAGCUUGGUUUGAUUGUGUGCGCCAUAAAGAGGAAAAAUCCCAAACCUGUUUUUCCAUGAAAUUCCAUUUAAACUGCCCUGAAUAGAAGUCAUCCGUCCCGUAGUCCCUAUACGUAUAGAUCACGGUCCUGCCUAUCUGGUUCUUGACAAUCCUGACAGAUUUUGCAUAUUAAUGUACACGCACCACAGUAUGUUUCUUUUACUUUCAUUUGCCCAACGCUGGCAGAGCCAACUAGGAAAUUAUAUAUUUAUCUACACGCACAGAUUUAUCUUUCCUUAGAAGUAAAUUGGAAAAUAUGAAGGCAAUAAGUUACAAACUCAUUACUUUCUCUAGUCCUUGACAAACGGCCCCCCUCUCCUUUUGAGAGAAGAGUGGCAGUAAUAGCUUGCGUAAUCCGCACCAUUCCCUGGCUUUUACAUUAGCCUGUGCAAUUUAAGAACCAAGAUGGAACAUAAAAGGGAAAACAAAUAAAAUCCCCUGUCUCCUACGGGGCAGCUUGUCAGGCAUAACAAUAGCUUAGAUGCGUCAUCGAAUUUUAUUGUGCUCCAGAACCCGGAUCUAUGGAGUCGAUCCUGUGUGUAUUUAACUUUAAAAACUGUCGGUCCGCUCAAACGAAAUUCGGCCCCCUCGGUUGUCUUUUUUCAAGGCUGCGGUUCCUCAGAGAUGCAUCUCAUUCAAUCAAGCUCCAUCAAACCAACCUCGGUCCUCUAGAUGUCAGCAGGCGCAAGAAUUUAUUUGCUCUAGUCAAGCAGGUGACCAACAAUUAUGCUUAAAAACUGGCUUGGGGAAAAUUUGAGAAUUGAGGAAUUUCUUUUUUUAUUUUAUGAUUUAAGAUAACACUUCACAAAACAAUACACUGCUGCACUGCUGUUUUAAGCUUUAUUUUACUCCGAAUCAGAAAGUCCCGUGUUGCAGUUCAAUGGCGCAGGUGUUUAUUUUAAUAUAAAUUAGCUUUCUGCUCAUAAAAUAUCAUUUGACCGUGCUGACGCAGCAAAUAUGCAGGCUUAAGCUAAUGAACAAUACAUCACGGUACUGUAUUCUCAAAAUAGACAAUUAUAUAAGAUCCUUGGACCUAAAAUCAUCUGCAACAUCUCAUGUUUCAUGGAGCACAGAACACCUUUUGUCGGUUUGAAAGCACAAAAAAGUAAGAAUGUCAGAUUUUCCCAAAUUAUUAAGCUGGGAUGGGAAGACUGUUUAUGUUACAGGUAUCUAUAAAGCUGAAUUUAGUAGAUUGAAUGAAAACUCUCUGGUUCAGAUUUUUAGAUAGUUUAUGAAAUGUUUCUCACGAAUGUCAUUUAUUGUUCUCAAUACCCCAGGCACUUUGAACAGCAGAAAUGGCCUUAAGAAUAGUCAAAGAAUCAAGGGGUUAAACCGCUAUAUCUGCAGUGAUGACCUCCAUUUUGUAUCACACACGGUCUUCUGUGCCAGAGAGAGACUCUCUACCUCCAACCAACCCUUUUUGAUUUUCCCUUUCUCCUUUAUAUUCUUUUCAAAUGAUUCAGACCUCACCUUGAACAUUUACCAUCGAGGGACCGAAGCCAACAGCUGGAAAUCACAUUUUCACUUAGAUUUCCAUGAAGUCUCGCUGUGUUUCUCGAUUGAAGAAUCAACAUAACCCCGCAGUCGAGACGUUAAAAUAAAGAGUGACGUUUUAAGAGGAAUGUGAGGAGUGAUGGCUGCAGCUCACGCAAAUUAUACGUCCCAUUUUGCUACGGUAAUUUGCGGUAACUAAAUCUACAAUUGACGUACGUAUUAUUAAUGACAGGAAGCGAUUAUUCUGCAUUUACCCGUGUUCUUAUUCAGUCAUUUUAGCGAUAUAUAUUCAUAUUAGUGCAAUGCACUAAACAUGCAAAUGGUCACAACAUUUUACCUUUCCUGUUGCUUGGGUGGUACUUUAUGGUUUUUUACCUUUACAGGUAUACUAAACAUAAUACAAUGUUGGGGUACAUAACUGUACCUUAAGGACCUAUUGUGUACUUUUUAAAAUGUUUUGUAUCCUUAACACUUACCUAGUACAGUUUUGGUCCUUAAAAGGUAGACAAUAGGUCCUUCAGGUAUAAUGUAUUGUAUACCCAUAAAGGUACAAAAAUGAAUCUUUUUGAGGGUACCACCCGUGACAGAAAGUGUGCUGAACCUGUAACACUGGUUCCAGCUUGUCAAACCUGACGGUGUCAUUAACCCUACGGCUAUACUGUGUAGUCCCAUGUAGCUUAAGGGGGUCAGAUUCGUAAUUAGAUGCAGUGUAGAUUCCGGCAGGGGUACAAGCAGUCUUCUCGGAGGGUUGAAGUCAUCUGAAACAAACCGUAUAGAUACACAGGAGGCUUUUAUGGAAAAUGUUGCUGUCCUCUUAAAGAGUGUGUGUAUAUAUAGUCAUGCGAAUCUGUGAAUGUCAUGCAGGUACAUCUGAUGCAAGAUUCUUGGUCCCCGAUGCAAAUCAUUUCAUCUGCAUAUAAAUAAUAUGCAUAAUAUGCAGCGCAGCCUACUUAAAUCUACCCUAUUCAAAAGCAGGGUGAACUUAUUUACUAACCGCUUUCUUGUUUUACGAAUAUAAAGUGUAUCCCAGAUCAUUUGAAAGACACAAGCUUGCGUUUUAGUCAAAGAAGCCUUGUGGGUCCGGCAGGCUUCAUGUCAGCAUGACCGUAAAGACUCAAUGUAGCUGACACACAGGAGCUGGUUUACCGGCAGCUCACGUUUCCUUUUGAUGUGUCAGAAACUGGUGUCUUUCUGCACUCAUUCAGAUUGUCAGUGUUUCAGGUUUGUACUUCAGUAUUAUGCGCCAGCAGUUAUGAGCGGCCAACCCUGCCGUAGGUCUGAACUGAUGUUAUUUUGAACUGGGUCUGCUGAGAAGAACCCUCUGUAUGAAAUUUUUUCCCUGUUGCAUAUUAGUUUUGAUUUUCCAGUCUAUUACGUUGUCUAUAACUACAAGCAUCACAUUAUUGGCACCAGCACUUCCCUUCGAGGCAGCCGGGAGGAGAUUCGAAAGUCUGUUAUGUCAUUUUAGUGAAUCGCAAUCGCUGCAUAACCGUGACCCAAAACUGACAGAUGGAUAUUUAGGCCCACUGCUGCUACUCUGAGGUUUUUCUGCCAGCGCAGAGCGUUUCUUGACGUCAACGCUUACCUCUGCGAAGGAUAGACCCAGCCAUGCCUUAAUCUAAAGGGGAGGUUAGGAAAACUCCUUGGAUUGCCUCUGCUAAACUCAGGCCAUAUUUAAAUCUAGAAAUCAUUUAUUUGACAUGACACAAUAUCAAACGCAUAUGAGGGAUAUUUUUAGUUACAAUUCAAUGGUAUUUUUUGUGUUUGAGAUGCACGCUGACCUCGUAAUUAAUACAUUGCUAACAUGAAUGCUUUUUUGUGGUGUUCGAGGGUUAGAGAAUGAAUUUGAAAUGCGAUUGACCUCUCCCAGAAGAGAUGAGCUGUAAGUGUUUAGUCUGUCCUGUUUGACUUCAUGUAACAUUUUCAUUGCUUCAAAGAAUGAUGGGUUGUUUUGGAGGAAAUGAAUUUGGCCACCGUACUUGACAUCUUAUGCCAAGGAGUAAAAGCUAGUACAGAUGAAGAAGGUACCCAUUGCACUAAAAUCUGAAUUGGUAAGACUUUUUAAUGGUAAUGUGUACAAAGUGUUUUGUUAAGGAGCGCCCUCUGUUGGCUUUGAUUUUUAUUUCGACUGAAAGUUGUGUCUGUUCAGCGCUAGAUUCACUUUUAUACGAUUCAUUCCUAAUCCUUUUAAGUAUUAUAUUUGCAUGGCAUUGCAUUAUUUAUCUCCAAAGUGCCGCAAGGCGGAACGAACGAACGAAGGUUUGCGUUUGGAUGUGUGAAGGGCAAGGGAAGUUCUGUCUGCAGACGUAUAAAUCAAGAUCUCCAGGUUCUCUCUUGUGCUAUCUCUCUUAUAAGGAGAUGAUUUAGUGCCUUCCCUGCCUGAGGCUGGGCUUCCUCCACACCCCUUUGUCUUAUGCAAGCCGUUUCUACAAACCUCUGUUGAACCGUCUCUUUGUAAUACUGUAGCCGACGCUUAGUGUGCAUAAUGUUUGAUUUUUUUUUCUCAAAAAUAAAAUAUUUUUCAAGAUUUUUGGUACCUUGGAACACAGGCCUCAGAAAUACGGUGUUUUGUUGUAUGUAAAAUGUAAAGUUUUUAUAAAUCUAUAUAAAACAGGCGAGAUCUAUUUGAGACAUUGGGCGUAUGUGCGUAUGUACAUGCGCACAUACAGAAAAGCAUUCUUUUGUGGAGUUGUGGAAAGUGUAUAUUUUUCUAUUCUUUUCUUUGGCCGGUGUAGUUAUGAACUUUACUCUCCCAUUAGGUGACUAAUGUCUUGAAAAUAAAUAGUUUUGAGUUUUAA